AUGACUUGCGAAGAGUCACCCAUAAGUUCAUGCUCUUCCUCGCCCUCCUCAUCAUCGGAAGUUGAAGUGGAACCCAUUGCAUUUGAAUACGGUCCGUCGCCACUCAAUGAAAGUGCAGACGCAGACGAACAGCUCCUCUGGCCUUUGUAUGAUGAGCGUCAAGAACGCGUUGAAUCUGAAGGAAACAGUGAUACCACCGCCUCAACCUGUACAUCCUCAAAUGAUAAGGACUCGACUGCCUCGGCAUCUGCAGUGUCUUACUUUGAGAACCUUGCCCUGAAGCUCAGGUCUCAUAACAAUAGUCACAGCAUUCGAAUCAUUUCGGAUAGCGCUGCGACUCAUUCACUCGCUGUAGAUGGCAAGUCGCGGCUUUCCUUUCCAUCAUUACCUUCCAUUGAUGAAUACAAUGCCUUGGAUGUCUUUAUGCCAGCCUUGCUCAAGGAGAAGGGUUUCGUUCAUUCCAUGGAGACUCUAUCCAUUGUGUCCGACAAUCCUUCUUCCUGCACACCUUCUUCAGCAGCCUCGUCACAAUUACCAUCCAAUGAUUCCUAUCAACUGCCAUGUGGAGAACAAGAAGCAGAUGAUGACGAAGUUGUGGAUCACGUUAUUGAAUCGUGUCCAUCUCAGGAGCACGAGAUUGUCCGCGUUGGACGCUCCUACAGCCUCGAUGCCGGUUACUCUACUCCGAAACCGUCCAAGGCCAAGCGUUCUGUGGCAAGAUCAGUUUCGUUUCAAGGCAGAAGCAAUCGUCAAGAUGAUAUCAAACAAUCAAUAUCCAGCAAUAGUCCUCAAUCCGUUAUGGACAUUUUCAAUCCAGAGGCUGCCGCAGAACUACGAAGCUCCUUUGCGACUUUAUAG